GGUGGCUUCAUAUCGAAUGCCGAUGGCUCACUCUUGUUGGCGACCCAUCCCGUGAUAGCGUCGGAGUUCAAUGCCUUGGACGACUCCAGCUGGCUUUUGACAAGUUUUGCAAUCGCCCAAGCAGCAACCCAGCCACUGUAUGGGAAACUAAGCGACAUCUACGGCCGCAAGCAACUUCUACUCGUCGCGUAUGCACUAUUCGGUCUCGGUUUGGUUCUUGUAGGCAUUGGACAUUCCAUGACUCACCUCAUCGUCGGACGCGUGAUUUCUGGAGCGGGAGCUGCUGGAAUGACUUCUCUAGUCUCGAUAUUGAUCACAGAUCUUGUACCUCUUCGGGAUGUUGCUUCCUGGAGGUCCUAUGUCAAUCUUGUCGCAACCACUGGCAGGAGCCUAGGAGGUCCCGUUGGCGGAUGGCUUGCUGAUACCGUGGGUUGGCGAUACUCGUUCCUACUUCAAGUCCCCUUUGCCGUCGUUGCAAUGGUUCUCAUCGUCUUGACAAUUCCGUCCGAACAGCAGACCCAGAAAGACGACAAUGCGCCUAAACAGAGCAAACUUCAAAGGAUUGACUUCAUCGGUGCGACUCUUAUGACACUCACCAUCCUCGCAUUCCUUCUUCCCUUGGAAAUCGGAGGCGUCAAAGUUCCCUGGUCCAGCCCUCUUAUCUUCAGUCUCCUGAGCAGUGGUGUCUUUCUCGCAGCAUUGUUCCUGUUGAGCCAAGCUUACAUCGCAAAAGAACCAAUAUUCCCGCUCGAGCUUCUGCGACAGCGUGAUGUCGUAGCCUCGAUUAUUGUAUCGAGUUGUCAAGGGGGAGCCCAAAUGGGACUCAUGAUAGCAGUGCCGCUAUACUUCCAAAUCACCGCAAAUGCAUCAAACACAGUAGCAGGCGCACAUCUAUUCCCCGCCGUCUUUGGCAAUGCCGUCGGCGGCAUCCUAUCCGGAAUCAUCAUCAAACGAUCUGGUCGCUACAAAUCACUCGUUCUCUUCGCUACUCUCGCCGCGGCAUCCGCCUACCUUCUCCUGAUUCUACGCUGGCACGGAAACACCAACUGGCUGGAAAGCCUGUACAUUUUCCCGGGAGGCUUCGGUACAGGUAUCGCACAAUCGGCACUCUUCAUCAGCCUACAGGCAGCCAUAGACCCCUCACACAUGGCUGUAGCCGCCGCCUCGUUGUAUCUCGCCUUCUCGGUCGGUGCGAUUGGAGGCAUGGCUGGAGUCAGCGCUGUGCUGCAAUCAAAAUUGCGAAGCGGGCUCGACAAACGACUUGAUGAUCUAGGAUUCGACGCGCUGAAGCGAGAGAGGAUCAUUGAGGGAGCGACGAGUGAUGUUCAUUACAUCGACCGGGCGUCGGCCGUUGUAGCGAAGGCGGUUGUUCGGUCUUAUGUUGAAGCUUUAACUUGGACUCAUGGCCUUUCAUUUGUGGCCUCGCUUACUGCCUUUGUCGCUGCUCUAUUCAUUAGACAACACAAGCUUUGA